AUGAAGCUGAUGGAUGAAAAAUUAUAUGUCGAUUCUUCAGACAAUGUUGGAUACAAUGGAAAUAGGGAAGGUCAGGAAUAUAAUAAUUCAAAAGCUACCAAAUAUGAUCUAGUCUACGAAGAACAAUCAUAUUCAACCGAUUUAGAUGAUGAUGAAAAUGAAGCUCAACAACUAUUCAAUGAAAAGGGUGAAUGUAAAGCU